AUGUCAUCCAACUGCCUAAAGUUGCUAACCCAAAGAUAUUCCCACUGCCUCCUACAUCACUGUUUUGAUGCCGAUAUUGAAGUUACUCGAACCAAGGAAAAAAAGGCGUCAGACAAGCCGUCUAUACAUUCACCUAGACUGUUAAAUUAUUUCUUCCUUGCAUCCAAUAUCUAUCUAUCUAUCUAUCUAUCUAUCUAUCUAUCUAUCUAUCUAUCUAUCUAUCUAUUUUCUCCGACUUCACUUGAGAUUUGUGCAAAGCUAAGUAAAUAUCUAUCUAUCUAUCUAUCUAUCUAUCUAUCUAUCUAUCUAUCUAUCUAUACACAAACACAUACACAUAUUGUAGCCUUCCGACAUCUAUCUAUCUAUCUAUCUAUCUAUCUAUCUAUCUAUCUAUCUAUCUAUCUAUUUAUUUAUUUAUUUAGAGAUAGCAAACUUCAUCAAUAUUCCAGUACUCUCCUUGCGUUCUUUUUCGCUCACUCUCCUGAUGAUUUAUUUGUUGGGCACUUGAACGCCUUUUAUUCUUUCCUGUUUUUCUUUUAUGCAAUUAUUAAUCUUUGGACCAAAGUUUCCAAUCUUUUUCUCUUCACCGUCGUUUCGUAUUUAUUUGUUUUCUUCGUUUCUCUCUUUUCCCAUUCAUCGGCGCUGGGUGCGUCAAUCAUUGCAAUAAAAUUGAAUUGCUUUGAUAUCUAUCUAUCUAUCUAUCUAUCUAUCUAUCUAUCUAUCUAUCUAUCUCAUUUGCUAUCUAUCUAUCUAUCUAUCUAUCUAUCUAUCUAUCUAUCUAUCUAUCUAUCUAUCUAUCUAUCUAUCUAUCUGCGGUAUAUACCAAUAUCUUGA